AUGCAUCGUGCGUUAUCCGCGACGUCGACGUCGACGUCGACGCGCGGGCGCGCGGGCGCGCGGGCGCGCGUUCGCCGCCGCGCGGGCGGGCGCGGACGAUUUUCGGUCGCGCGCGCGGCGGGUGGACCCGGUGACGGCGACGGCGGCGACGGCCGAGACGGAGAGAAGCCAGGGAUGGAUUGGGACGGGGCGUGGAAGACAUUCAAGAAGGAGUUCGUCGGCGACGACGCGAAGAUGCCGAACGAUUACGUGGAGUUUAAAUCGUCGAAUAAAAGACGCGCCCCGGACGCCGAGGCCAAGCGGCAAAUCUACGACGACGAGGAUCGCGUCCUGAACGUCGCGACGUCACAGAAGACGACCGCUGUAGGUCUCAUCGCCGUCGCGUCGCUCCUGUUCGUGUUCGUGUUCGUCAUCGGCCCGCCGCCGAGCGACGGGCGCUGCUCGCUCCCGUGGUGCUAA